AUGGACAAUCAAUUACCACUGAAGACUGCAGAAGAGAAAGCCAUUGAAGACUGGCUUCCAGUCAGUUCCGUUCGGAAAUCCAAGUGGUGGUACUCGGCUUUUCACAAUGUCACGGCCAUGGUAGGAGCCGGGGUCCUUGGCCUCCCAUACGCCCUGUCACAACUUGGAUGGGGUCCUGGUGUGACCAUGCUGGCGAUUUCGUGGAUUAUAACGUUGUUCACCCUGUGGCAAAUGGUGGAGAUGCACGAGAUGGUUCCUGGUAAGAGGUUUGAUAGGUACCAUGAACUAGGUCAGCAUGCAUUUGGAGAGAAACUUGGACUUUGGAUCGUCGUACCCCAACAGCUUCUGGUCCAAGUUAGUACGUGCAUAGUCUACAUGGUUACCGGCGGAAAAUCACUCAAGAAGUUCCAUGAUAUUGUCUGUCCACCUCCAAGAUGUCAGGAUAUUAGGCUCACCUACUUCAUCUUGAUCUUCGCUUCCGUUCAUUUUGUUAUCUCUCAUCUUCCCAACUUCCAUUCACUGGCUAUCAUCUCCUUCUCAGCGGCUGUAAUGUCCCUGAGUUACUCUACUAUUGCAUGGGUGACUUCGCUGUUUAAGGGACAAAUACCAAACGUGAGCUACGUUCCGAGAGGAUCAACCGCAGCUGGAAAAACUUUUAACUUCCUCAAUGCACUGGGGGACGUAGCUUUUGCGUAUGCGGGGCAUAAUGUCGUGUUGGAAAUUCAGGCGACGAUUCCUUCAACCCCUGAUAAACCAUCCAAGAAACCCAUGUGGAAGGGAGUAGUUCUUGCUUACUUUGUUGUUGCCCUGUGUUAUUUCCCAGUUGCGAUAUGUGGGUAUUACGCAUAUGGGAAUGAAAUUGAAGACAACGUUCUUAUUACGCUGCAAAAACCGUCAUGGCUCGUUGCAGCCGCUAAUAUGUUUGUGGUUAUACAUGUCAUUGGAAGCUAUCAGGUUUAUGCUAUGCCAGUUUUUGACUCGCUGGAAAGCGUUUUGGUGAAGUCAUUACGCUUUAAACCUUCAAAUAAACUUCGUUUUGUCACUCGAAUGCUGUAUGUAGCUGUGACCAUGUUAAUUGGCAUGGCAAUCCCCUUCUUCGGAGGACUAAUGGGAUUUUUUGGCGGAUUUGCUUUGGCCCCAACAUCAUUCUAUCUUCCAUGUAUUAUUUGGCUCAUUCUUUACAAACCAAAGAGGUUCAGCCUUUCUUGGAUCAUAAAUUGGAUCCUCAUAGUAUUUGGCGUUCUCCUGAUGCUUCUCUCCCCCAUUGGCGGUCUAAGGUCUAUCAUCCUAUCCGCCAAGUCAUACAAAGUGUUCUCCUAA